CCGAAUAUGCUUCCCCUCCUCCCCUAUAAAAGGAGGACUCCCCCUCAAUGUUAAGGGGGGGCCAAUUUCAAUCCUCUCCUGCUACUUUUUCUCUUUAGAUAUUUUUAGAGUAUAUUUUUCCUUCUUCAAGAGCUUCUAGCUCCACCAUUAAUGGCUUCCGAGCCGAACUCUUGUACCGUGUACACACCCUCGAUAUUAAUAAAAAUCCCCCGUUGGCAAGGUACCGCCAAAAAAGGCCCGUGGUUUCUCCCGAUUUGGGUUUCCACGUCAAAAUCCCCGUGUUUAUAUUUUGGUGUAUUUUUAGACUAGUUUAUCGUUUUAGCCGGGCUAAAAACGGUAUACCGGUCGAUAAUUUACACCAUCAUUUUGGCGCCGACCGUGGGACCCGAACAAAAAGCUCCAUUUUUGUUCGGCAAUCUUGCACAACCUAAAGAGUCAUAGUUGUAAAAAAGAAGAGGGAGACGAGGGUCACGAGGCUUUGGAGUGUCAAAAAAAGGAAGCCAGAGAAAGGGAGUAUUAUCUUUGGAAACAGAACAUGUGUUUUGGUUCUGGAGUUUUGCAAAAAGAAGAAAAAGGGUGGUGUCUUUUCCCAUACUGGCAGCACAAUUUCUUACUCCGUACUAUGCGGCAUCAGAACUUCUUUGCCCUCUUCGAAAUCGGCGAGUCGGUUACAUGUAACCAACGAGUUCAACUGGUAAUCCAAGCAAGGCUGCGAUUCUGACGGGGCUCACUUCUCUGGCGGCCGACGACAACAAAAUACUCGGUGGCUUCGGCUGGAGUGUCCAGGCGGAACACGGCAGGAUCAGACCUGAUUUUGCAGGAAAUUGAUGCAGCUACAAGUUCCCCAUCCAGGAGGGCUGGCAGCGGCGAAUACAGCGCCUGAGCGCCGGGUGGGGGCAGAUCGGAAUUCGGAACCGGCAGCGGUUCGUGCGGCGGAGCAGGCAUCGUCGAGCUCCGAUGAUGAAGCGCUGGAGAAGUCCACUGCGUCCGGUGGAUCGAGAUCGCGGCCGCCUACAGAAACAACAUCCAUUGUGGCCACAUAAUUCCGCCACUAUUGUCUCUUAGAUCUGACACCGCACCUAUAGCAAAGAGCAAACCCACGCCCUUGGCCGCCAUCUCCACUGGAAAAGCUUCACAUACCUACCGCCACCACUCCGAUGUGUCUUGUUAGCGUUUUCCGCCACUUUGUGGCUAACAGACCCUGGUGGUGUGCACGCCGCUGGUUCCAUUUUUGUUACUGUCGGGUGCCGUCUUUGAUCGCUCACCGCUAGAGGUCUCCAUUUCCACUAGUCUUAAAGUCUGUCAUUACUAGGGAAGAUUCAAAGAUGAAAUGUAAAUUCGGGUCCAUUCUCAAAAGUGGAAGGCACUAUGUUGGACUUUAAGUGAAAGACACAUGAGAAGGGACCGGAAGAUUCGAAGGCAUCAAAAAGAAAACCAGAAAAGAAUACAAAGUGAUAAGCCAUAUGCAAGAAUACAAAGUGGAGAGAUGCUGGGGACAUCUUAUCAAUUAUUAUGUUGAUGAGAUAUGCAUGUGCAUUGAACAUCACGAGAAGAGGGAAAAUUAAGCCCCCACUUGUUUAUCAUGGCCCCACCACUAAUAAGUGGUGUUGUUUCAUUGCAAAGCAUGAUGGAGCAAUAAUUUGGGUAUUUACCCAUGCCCUAUGGACAAAUUCGAAGGGAAGACUGAGACACAAGCCGAACUUGGUACGCUGGUUACAACACCGGUCUUGCUCAGUAUUUAAAAAAAAGAGGAAGACUGAGACACAGGCCCGGCCUGGCACGCUGGUUACUACACCGGUCUCGCUCAGUAUAAUAAAAAAAUAUAAAAUAUGUGACACAGGCCCGGCCUGGCACGCUGGUAAAUAUCAUUCUUGUGCGCGAGACAGGCCAAGAAUGGUAUACACACCGGUCUUGCACAUAUUUUCUCGUAAGUCUGACCCCAAUCGAAUUGGGUACACCGGUGGCUCAGUUGAGCCCUUAUCGGGGACGCCCGAUUCUUCAGGCCCUUUGAGCAAUGCACUCCGGAAGUGGUCUCUACAUGACAUGAAGAUAUUUGCAUCAGUUAGCCGGGCUAACAUUGAUCUUUGACAAAGUUGCUGCAACAUACUUAAUUCGUAUUAAGUAACAUCGAUUACUUCGAUAUACUAAUUUCGCUAUGUAUCGUUUACUUAAUCCGUACUAACAUCGGUCUCGACGAAAUAACUACUUGAAGCACCGCCGCUUCAUCGUACUAACUCCGGUGUCGUAUAACUACUCGAAGCAUCGUUGCUUUAUCGAACUGACAUUGCUCUUGUUACGAUAAUUAUUCACGUGAAUUUUAACCACCCUAACACCGAGCUCCUCGGUAAAGAUAAUAAUUUUUUGAGCACGGCAUAGGCCGGUCAAAAAAAUUGUUGUACAUAUUAUUUUUUGCAGGAAAAACUUCUGAUUGAAGAAAUAAAAGAAUUAAUUAAGACUCGGAGGACUAGCAAUAAUAUCAACCGGCCAAGAAUCCAAAGUACGAAGGCUGAAGAUAUCACUCGGAGGACUUGUUUACUUUUUUAAGUUGAUGAUUCUCACAACUUAAAAAAGUGGAGGACUUCUUGAUGGGAAAUAAUAUGUGGCUCGGCCCACAUUUCCCAAUUAUUUAUGAAGAACAGUCAAACCGGACUUGUUUAAUAAAAUGGAGGAAUAAGAGAAUAUUCUCCGAAUAUGCUUCCCCUCCCCCCCUAUAAAAGGAGGACUCCCCCUCAAUGUUAAGGGGGGGGGCAAUUUCAAUCCUCUCCUGCUACUUUUUCUCUCUAGAUAUUUUUAGAGUAUAUUUUUCCUUCUUCAAGAGCUUCUAGCUCCACCAUUAAUGGCUUCCGAGCCGAACUCUUGUACCGUGUACACACCCUCGAUAUUAAUAAAAAUCCCCCGUUGGCAAGGUACCGCCAAAAAAGGCCCGUGGUUUUC